AAAUACUUAAAUAGCUAUGUAUAUCUCUUCCGUCUUCACAAGCUUUUGUAGUUUUCAGAAAAUAUCAGUUCAAUAUUUUCAUCCUGUAAUCCAUAAGAUCGACGAUGGAUGUUACAUAUAGGAGUACCAAACUGUUAGUGGUUAUCUGCUUUGCAGUAUUAAAUUCUAAACCUGGAAUUGCAUUGAAACAUGUCAAUGACAUUGCAGCAGCAACUGUCCUUCAGACAACAACCGACCAAAACACGUCAGAUAGUUCUGUAACGACUACAAGAGACUCAAACAUUACCGAUCAGACAACGGAACUCUCAAAUGUUACCAUUCAAACAACGAUAACUCCAAAUAUUACGAAAGAACCAACAACGGAAAAUUCUAACAUUACUAUGGAGCCAACAACUCAAAAUUCAAAUAUUACCAUGGAACCCAUAACUAAGGCCUCAAACGUGACAGUAGAACCAACAACGAAAAACCCAAAUGUUACAGUAGAACCAACAACCAAAAACCCAAAUGUUACAGUAGAACCAACAACUAAACACCCCAAUGUUACAGUAGAACCAACAACAAAAAACCCUAAUGUUACAAUAGAACCGACAACUAAACACCAUAAUGUUACAGUAGAACCAACAACAAAAAACCCUAAUAUUACAAUAGAACCGACAACUCACCAAAGAAAUACGUCUACACCAAUGUCAACUCCAAAAACGAAACCACAUUCAACAACACAUGCAAUGCCGGCCACCACAAAGAAGUAUAAAUUCAAUGGUGCAAGUUUUGGAGGAGGAAUUGCUUUGGGAGUGGGAGUAUCAGUUGUUAUAAUACUGAUUGUUUACUUUUUGAAAUGCAGAAAAAGUGAUGCGGGAUACGACAGAAUGUGAAGCUAACAAUAUUUGCUUAUAAUUAUAAUUUUGGUAAUCUCAUUUUCUUAAUACUGAUUUUAUAUAUAAGACCAUUCUAGUGAAUCAUUAUGUCAUUGUCCUGCUAUGAAUUCCAAUUACCAUUUGGGGAAAAAAGGAAUUCAUUAUACAAAAUCCCUUAAGCCAACUGACAAAACUCAAAGAAAAAGAACAGUGCUUUUAUUUUUGUACUUUAUAUUAAAGUCAAAGUGAGACCUUCAACACAGGACUACAGUUCACACCUCGAUGGAAGUUCACGACGGAUCAACAAUUUCGGGAACACAAGUGAAAUAUUACUUUUACCAAUGUAUUUAUUUUUAUAUGAUUUACAAUUUGUUUUUGUUAUAUAAAAUAUUACUUAAACA